CGACGCAGUUUCAUCCUUAUUUCAGAACACGCAAAUCACAAUUUUUGUUUGUUUGUUUUAGAAGAGGGAGAACCAAACACGCCCUUAUCGCCAAAACACACCACCCUUUUAUCCCCAAAGAGCUAAAAGAGCCUCUUCACACACUUCAACUAUUAUUCUGAUUCUCAUAAUUAUCCAGCAAGAAUUCUCUUUCUUUUGCGGUCAUAAACAUAGAAGAUGAGUACAUUGGAUGCAACUAGGGCGGAACUCGCUCUUCUAGUUUUGUACUUGAACAAGGCUGAAGCAAGGGACAAGAUAUGCAGAGCAAUACAAUAUGGUUCCAAGUUUUUGAGUAAUGGGGAACCUGGCACUGCCCAGAAUGUAGACAAACAAACCAGCUUGGCUAGGAAGGUUUUCCGUCUCUUCAAGUUUGUCAACGACCUGCACGGUCUGAUAAGUCCAACACCUCAGGGUACUCCCUUACCCCUAAUUCUGUUGGGAAAGUCGAAGAAUGCAUUACUCUCCACUUUCUUGUUUCUUGAUCAAUUCGUGUGGCUCGGUAGAUCCGGCAUCUACCAGAAUAAAGAACGAACUGAGCUAAUCGGCCGGAUAUCUCUUUACUGUUGGCUUGGCUCCUCGGCGUGUACCACCCUAGUUGAGCUUGGGGAGCUUGGACGACUCUCUGGAUCAAUGAAGAAGUUGGAGAAACAACUCAAGGGCAGUAAUAAAUAUGAAAAUGAGCAAUACCGCGCCAAAUUAAAGGCCUCGAAUGAGAGGACUCUAGCACUCAUCAAAGCAGGCAUGGAUAUUGUGGUGGCUGUUGGACUGCUACAAUUGGCACCCAAGAAAGUCACUCCUCGCGUUACCGGCGCAUUUGGAUUUGUUACAUCUCUAAUCUCUUGCUAUCAGCUGCUUCCGGCCGCCGCGGCGAAGUCAAAAUCAUCAUGAAUGUGGAAGAACAGACUAGAGGAGGGCUGUCAUCACCAUGCUUCGUUGUUGUUAAAUAAUAAUAAUAUGUGAAAUUAUUAGAAAAUGAUGGUGGUUGGUGUGAGCAUGGACCAACUUGUUGACCUGUUAAGGUCUUUAGAUAUGUCACCAUAAUUAUAGUGCCUAUAUUGUUAUCAAUUGUCACGGUUCUAUUUUGCUUAAUAAAUAGUAGAAAAAAAAUCCCUGUUUGGAAUUCUUCCCACAA